UCCAUCUCACUCAACAUUUCCCAACCUCAUACCUCAAAAACACUAACAUCGAAGAGACUCUGGACAAACUAGAGAACUUCAUUCACUGGUUUUUCGACCAGAAACCACCACCACCUCCACCAAAACACAAGAAUGCAAAUGAAAACCGUGCAGUGGAAAAACUCCGGGCUCACAGGCGUGAUUUAAAGCGCCAAUUUCGUAAGAUCAAAAACCCGGACGAAGUACCUGCAGCGCUCAGAAAUGAGUAUUUUUCAAUUGGAAAACAAAUCAAGCGUCUUUUGAAACAACAAAAGAUGUAUGACGAUCGAUCCCGGAACAAGAGGGACCAGGAUGCCUUUCUCAAGGACCCAUAUGCCUUCGGAAAGAAAUUGUUUCAACCAACCAACCAUGUCAAACCCACUUUCUCUGACACUACCUGCUUUGAGUACUUCCAACACACAUAUGCAGACCAGGAUCGUGCCACUUCGUACGAAUCCUGCCCUAGUGCAGGGAAGCCCCGGGAUUGCACCCACCCAGUCGAUGAGGGGACCCCUACAUGGACUGAAUUUCAGAAUGUUUUGAAGAAGUGUCGCAACACCUCUGCACCGGGUCCUGACAAGAUACCUUACAUAGUUUGGAAGCUUUGUCCCUCCCUUCAAUCCAUUCUUUUCACCAUCUUUGGGCGGGUUUGGGAGAGCAAGAUCAUUCCAAGGCAGUGGCAGGUAGCGUGUAUCACACUCCUGGCCAAGGGGGAGGUGUCUGAUGAUCCUUCGAAAUUCCGACCGAUUGCUCUAGCGAACACGUCCGGGAAGAUCUUUUUCACCUUAGUUGCAAAGCGCCUCUUGAAACAUAUGCUAGGCAAUAAGUUCUUCGAUGGUGACAACCAGAAAGGAUUUAUGCCUGCAAAGGCUGGGUGCUUAGAGCAUACAUCACUUUGUUAUGAGGCGAUGCGUGAUGCAAAGACGGCAAAACGCCAAAUUUGCAUUGCGUGGAUAGAUUUGAAGAAUGCAUUUGGUUCAGUGCGCCACAAUCUGAUACAGUAUGCUCUAACCCACUACAGCCUUCCUUUGCAAUUCAGGAAAUUAAUUUUUUCCUACUACGACAGUCUUUGCGCUUUCGUCGUACAACCACACACCCCCACCUUUAAUUACAACAUUGGUGUUUUCCAGGGGUGCCCCUUGUCCCCGGUCCUUUUCAAUAUUUGUUUCCAGCUUCUGCUGGACUCACUUGCAGCCCCUGAAUUAAGUUGCCUCUCCUAUGAUUUUAAAUCUGCCCCUUUGCAAGUGUCCCAAACAGCUUUUGCUGAUGACUUAGGCCUCUAUAGCAAAUCUAGUGCAGGUUGUCAAAAACUCAUUGCGGUCACGGAGGACUUUCUCUCGUGGACCCAAUGUAUGCAGGCGGCGCCGCACAAAUGCAAAAGCAGUGCAGCAAAGCUUGUAGAUGGCCGGUACAAACCUUACGAUCCCUGCCUGACAAUGUCAGGGAGGAAGAUCGCUUUCAUUGACAUCACACAAGGUUUUGUACGUGAACUGCACUUUAUGUGUUUACCAUUUCUGAAGAAAUGGUCAGGCCUACCUCGAUGCGCAAACUCUGCCAUUCUUUUUAUUGGCAGUCGCAAACGCUUUGGCUUACGCCUCCACUACCUUCCUACGGUGUGGAAAAAGUGCCAGUCCAUCAAAUGGCACAUUCUUCGAUCGAGUGGGGACGCGCGCAUGAGGGCGCUGUACACUCUGCGUCGGAGUAAGGAUGCGAAGCUGACAAAGCGAUAUGCGGCGACAAUAGAGCUGGAGUGUGCAGAGGCAUCAGUAGGUUCAGGGACUCUCCGUCCACCGUCAUCUUCAAGUCAUCGUGCAGGGUUGGGUGCUCGUGCUCCGAAGCAGCAUUCCAAACCCCCGAGGAAGGAUCUCCUUCAAACAUUUGAGGAGAUCAACGCGCAGGAGCAGAUUUUGAGGCUGAAGACUCUUCAGGUGCAAGGCAAGUGGUUGGAGUGGACAUCGGUGAUGUGGCAGGACCUCUCGUGGAAAUCCCUUUUGUACGGUGGUACUGGUAAGGAUUUGAAAUUUCUUCUCGCAUCAACCCUCGACGUGCUACCUUCUCCGACGAACCUACGCCGUUGGGGAAACACCGUAGUGGAUCCAUACUGUAGUUUGUGCCGUACCUGGGCCUGUACUACGCGCCACGUGCUUGGCGCUUGUCGCGUAGCGCUGGACCAGGGACGUUACACCUGGAGGCACGACAACGUACUCGGGGUCAUCGUCAGGAACAUGCGUGAGGAGAUUCGAAUCCGCACUGCUGCAAACACCGUACAAACCGGAAAUUCAAAUGAGCUUGACUUCAUCUCGUUUUGCAAGGCGGGAGAGAAGCCAGUUCGCGUUCAGCCCAGACGAAAGUUGGUUACGACUGAUCUCCUGUCAGCGGCCUCAGACUGGAAACUUCUUGUCGACUCAGUUAGUGCAAAGAUUUCUUUCCCUAGCUGUGUUGCACUUACCACCCUCAGACCAGAUAUAGUUCUGUACUCUACGAGUCGUAGGAUUGUAUUCUGGAUGGAGUUGACAGUUUGUGCUGAGGACAGAUUCAGUGUCAGUAACUCGCGGAAGGACAGGCGGUAUGCGGAUCUGGCCGAUCAAUGCCGAGCAAACGGGUGGCAGGUCGUUUCUUUUUCGGUUGAGGUAGGUGUGCGUGGUUUCAUCCCGGACUCUCUUCGGAGGGCUCUGAAAGCGCUUGGAUUUUCUAAUCGAAGAAUAAAAUUUAUUUGUAAUUUGUGCAGUAAGACGUCUCUGCGAAGCAGCUACAUCAUCUGGUUGCGGCGUCAACAAAAACACUGGUCGGAAGAUCCACUUUUCUGAGGUACUGUAUGUGGGGCUCCGUUUAUUGAGGUGCGUUGAAAUUUAUUCUCUUUAUCUUAUUAUUUCUUUUCUAUAAUUUCCCCAUAUGAGUUCCUAUCAGUUGCUGUGAACACCUUGAGUGGAGAGCGCUUGCUCGAGCGUUGAACCGGGUUCUUAAUCCACCAUACCCAGUUCGCAAGGCUGGGCGGGGUUGUGAGCAGGCUUUCAUUUCAUCUUUUCUUAUUAUUUCUUAUUAUUUCUGCUUUUCAUCUCAUUACAAAAAUUCUGCGCUUUUUCUCCAUCUGCGCAUAAAAUCUAGACUGACAACCUGCUUGUUAAAUCAUGCACCUGCUUUCAGGCGUAAAAACCCUGUUGUAGAGGUCUCAGUCCUCAUUUGUUAGACUUACCUGUCUUUAUAAAUGUAACUUACUCUC